AUGGCUUCCUUCGUGGAAGAUCUAUGGUCCAGCAUCUUCACUCCAGGACCAACCCCGACCCUCUUAAUCGCGACCAACGUUGCCUUCGCCGCCCUCCAGCUUAUCUUCUUCGCCCUCCUCCUAGCCACCUACAGCCUCCACUUCGUCGCCCUGUCCGUGAUCAGCGGUGGACUAUGGUAUGCCAUAAACUGGUUCGCCGCUGAGGUGCAACUUGCUCAGCAGGCGCAAGAAGCCGAGAAGAAAAAACAAGAGUCCAAGGAUGAUAACGUGAAGACGCGCCGGAUGUCUCCCGAGGCAGGAGAGAGUCCCGACAGCGAAACGGAGACAGAAACACUCGUCGCCAAAAGGACCGGGGACAAAUCUGGUGCUAUCGCUACUGGGAGUGCAGCGUCUGGGUUGCUGCCCACUGCACGAGACCCCAAGAAGCGGCUUAGCACGGGUGGUGAGGCGUCUGGCACGGACAGCGAGUGGGAGAAGGUCGAUGAUACCCAGUCCUGA